ACGCACACUCUCUCAAACCCGUUGCCUUUUUGAUUCGAUUUUCCCAUUUUUCUCCAUUUUCUUGCGAUUUUCAUUUCCAAAACCGUGCUUCACUCGAACGGAUCGUUUUGUGUUUGCCGUUGCUGGCGCAGUUGAACCCAACAGUCAUCAGUCAGUGUAGUUUUUGUUGCUGAUGGUCGUUCGUCGUGGAUGGUUUGGUGUGUGUCUGCGUGUGUUAUUUCGUUGAACUGAACUGGCAAGCAGGCAGCCAGCAAAAGAAGUCUGUCUGUGCAGCCAUAUUUUUCUCGCAUAAUAUUUAAAAGUGAACGCGUAGUAGGUGGAAUCGAGUCAAAUUUUGGAAUUUCAAUCGCGGGUUCCUGUUUCAAGUGCAUUACCUUUCGGUUGAUUGAUAGAAUCGAUUUUGAGGGUUCGAAUUUUGGUGACCUAGUGCGGAAAUCGGGAAAGAGAAAUUGGCUGCAGCUGAAAUUAUUCCAGCAGUAAACUAAUUAUAAACAGAUUGUAAAAGACUUGAAUCCUCUUAAAAAUUCAUACGACGGAAGACUGACAACCUUAAACCAACCGAAUAAAAAAAAAUACUAAACAGCACCGCAAGAUGGCCUGUGCAACAUUGAAACGUUCACUAGACUGGGAAAGUCUUAAUCAGCGGCCAACGAAGCGCCGGAGGUGCCAUCCAUUUGGCAGCCCCAGCACCAGUAACGCCCAAAACAGCCCAUCGUCCUCUUCCUCAUCCUCGAGCAGUGCAAUGCGUGUGAUGGAACCGAAGCCUUCUCCAUUUGCUGAAGCCGUCUGCCCAAAGUUGACCCCAGAAAAAAUGGCACAGAACAUCACCGAGGAAAUCAAAAGACUGCACCGCCGGAAGCAGCUCACAUUCAACACGGGCAACAUGGAACGUAUGCAGGAUUCGGAAUCGAGCGGCUCCGAGAUGGGUCCGGAUAGUCCCCGUAGACCGGACAGCCCUCCGAGCAUGGUCAAACAUCCGGAGAAAGCACUGUUCACAUUCAAACAGGUACAAAUGAUCUGCGAGCGUAUGCUGAAGGAACGGGAAGACGCCUUGCGGGAGCAAUAUGAUGCCGUUCUGACCAACAAACUAGCCGAACAGUACGAUGCAUUUGUCAAAUUUACCUAUGACCAAAUACAGAGACGCUACGAAGCGGCGCCUAGUUACCUCUCCUAAUCUGCUAGUUAACUUAUGAUGUAAAAGCAAAGUAAAAACAACGUAAGGGGCAUAUAUCCACCCAAUCCACACAACAACAGCAACAACAACAAACAGACACACACACACACGCGCGUAUCCAUAUAUUCAAAUUCCCACAUACAAGCUAUAAAUCUAAAACUGAAUAGAGCUCUUCAUUUAUUUGUACUAAUCUUCUAUUACUUCAUCUUGCUGCUGGUACGAUUACAGAGAGGAAAAGAGGAAAAUUAUUACACCCCAACAACUGGAAAUGCUUUCCAACGCCACACUUAGACUGUUAACUACUAAAACUGCAAUUUUGCCAGAAUCGAUAGUUCACUGAAAUGGAACAUGUAAUAUUGAAUUCGCCUUUUGUAUGAUUAUUUUUUGUAGAAUCAUUCAAUAAAGAAAAACUAUUCUAUGUAAACUCUGAAGAUUAUUACGUACUUGAGUCUUGCAGACAAAACGAUAACGAAACAACAACACAAAAACUGCAAACGGAUUUCGAGUCCCAGUAAUAGUGCCGUUACUCUUUUCGAUUAUUCUGCCGUAGUAAAGCUCUCAAAAGAGCAUUACUCUUAGAUACUGAAUGCUCAUUGGAAGGAUCAUUGUUAUUCUUCUCUGGAGUUUCGGUAGGUCUCUCAUUAUUUUGCUUAUUUAGUUCUUUAGGUAGUUAUUUUCAUUGAUUCUAUUCGGAAGUUGUUCGUAGUGUGUAGUUGCCUAAUUUUUUUUUCACUUAGUAAAUUUCAUUAUUCAUCAUAAGUGUUCUGUUUCAUUGUUAGUUUUUUUCUUCUGAUUUUUCUCUCAAUCAUGCUUCGUUUAUCAUUUCCGCAGAUUUUGUUUGCUUUAUUCUAUAUUUUUAGUCAAUUUUGUUGUUAAUCUGGAUAUGAAUAUGUAAAUUAAGUUUUUGCGGAUUGCGUUGCAAUUAGAAUCCCUGUAUUCUUGUCACUCACUGCAGAAUAAUCAUGUCGAUUGAGAUCUAAUUCAGUGAUGCUUCCGAGUAGCGUCUCGAAGGAAGACAAAAAAAGACGAGCAGGAGAUUUUGGAGGUAGGAAAUGUGAAAUGUAAUACGAUUAUCUCAUUGAGUAGGGAAUAAUGAUAACAUAUAUACUGAUAAAAAUGAAAGGUGAAAACAAAUGCAUACAAUAUAGGCGGUAAAGUGGAAAACAGAACUAAGCAUAACACAUAGAGAACACACAACAUAUACAUUUAUACAUAUGAAACUAUAUAUAUAUUUAUAUACAUAUAGUGAGAAGCAUAACUAUGGAAAAGAAGCAAAGUUUGCUAGCAACUAGAAACCAGAAGUAAAACUAAUUGACGCGUUGAGCGAAACAGAAGAGUUCAUGUAAAGUUAAGUUUCUAUUUAUAAGAUAGGAUAUGGAACAAGACGGCAGAAGAUGAAAAAAAACGUAAAAAUAAUCUAAGGACCGUAAGUAUAUAUAAGUAUACAGACAAAAAAAAAAACAAGAUUGAGCAGAAAAUUGAAAGGGAAAAACACAAAAAAUUAAGCUUAUACUAUAAACGGUAAGAUGAGGUUAAUUCGUAAGCGUUUAUAUACAUAUGUUUUAUAUAAAAUGAUCGAAAAGUAAUCUUGCAAGCGCAAAUUAAUCGAGUUGCGAGCGAGAGAGAGAGAGAGAGAGUAAAAAUAAUAAAGCAAAAACAAAAAAUUCAGCCCCGAUGUCAUUGCUAAAGUAACUCACGUGAGCACCACUUUGUAGAGCAUCAUUUAAUAGUGCAUUAAAAUGCAAUAGCAACAAGCAACAGCGCAGCAAAUAAGUAAAACCUACCUACCUUAUAGCCAAAUCAAGCAUCAGCAGCAGCAGCAGCAGCAGCAGCAAAAGCAGUAUGAAACUAACCUUUCCCACAUACCCUUAAACAACAAAAUUAUUCCGAACGAUUCGAUGUUUUAGAGAAAAAAAUAAAGACAGAGAGAUACAAAAAAGGAAUCCAAUCCACAUACAAAAAACUACCACAUUACUCACCAAAGUAAACAAGCGAAAAGAAGAAAAAAAAACUACAAGAGAAGAUACACUCGCGGAGAGCAAACGCGGUUUGUAGGCCCUCGAAUGAAGGGAGACAGGUGUGCGUGUGAAUAAAUAAGGUGCAGCAGCAGCAGUGCAGAGACACAACGGACCGACGAAAAAGGAAACUGUACGCGACGAUUUCGUAAACAAAGAUGUCUAAUGCUUGAGAUAGGUACCGAAGAGCCAUAAUAGUGCAGUGGAGAUGCGGUUUCGUCGUCGUCGUCGUCCUCACCGUGUAUCCUCGAGGUUGCGGAUUUGUUCGUGGUGAAGCAGAUCGACAUACGAUUAAAAGUAACCAAAAUCAGACAGAAACGAAAACACAGGCGAAUAAAAAGUGCAGUUUGCUAAGUCCGUAAAUUAAA